AUGCUAAACACCCUAUUAACCCAUCUAAUUAACCCACUCGCGUAUAUUGUACCCGUCCUACUAGCCGUAGCCUUCCUUACACUCCUUGAACGAAAAGUUUUAGGUUAUAUACAACUACGAAAAGGACCAAACAUUGUAGGACCAUACGGACUACUACAACCAAUUGCAGAUGGAGUUAAACUUUUUAUUAAAGAACCAAUCCGCCCUUCUACAUCAUCCCCAUUUCUAUUCUUAGCAACCCCAAUACUUGCACUAACUCUGGCCAUAAUAUUAUGAACACCUAUACCCAUACCCCAACCGGUAAUAGAUUUAAACCUAGGAAUCUUAUUUAUUCUAGCAUUAUCAAGUCUAGCCGUAUAUUCAAUUCUAGGAUCAGGGUGAGCAUCCAACUCAAAAUAUGCACUAAUUGGUGCCCUACGAGCAGUAGCCCAGACAAUUUCAUAUGAAGUAAGUCUUGGGUUAAUUCUACUUUCAAUUAUUAUAUUCUCUGGGGGCUACACAUUACAAAUAUUUAAUAUUACACAAGAAAGUAUUUGACUUCUAAUCCCAGCCUGACCACUAGCCGCAAUAUGAUAUAUUUCCACCUUAGCCGAAACAAACCGUGCACCAUUUGACCUCACAGAAGGAGAAUCCGAACUAGUCUCAGGCUUCAACGUAGAAUAUGCCGGUGGACCAUUCGCCCUAUUUUUUCUAGCCGAAUAUGCCAAUAUUUUAUUAAUAAACACCUUAUCAGCCAUUCUUUUCCUAGGCGCAUCACACAUACCCUCCAUUCCAGAAUUAACAACAAUUAAUCUAAUAACUAAAGCCGCACUACUAUCAGUAAUAUUUUUAUGAAUUCGAGCCUCUUACCCACGAUUCCGAUACGACCAAUUAAUACACCUGGUUUGAAAAAACUUCCUACCUCUGACCCUAGCCUUAGUCCUUUGACAUACCGCCCUUCCAAUUGCACUUGCAGGACUCCCUCCACAAUUAUAA